AUGACACCUAAUGAUGAUAAUGAUAAAUCUCAAUGUGAUAAUAAUGAAAGAAGUAUGUUUAGAGAAGAAGAAUGUUGUUCGAAAUCGACUCAAACUCACAGAAUGACAGGUUCAUCUUGUAGAGCAUUAAAAGGUGCCGUAUCAACUCUUCAUAGGUUAGAUGAUUUUAAUAUGGAAAAAAUUGGGUCAGGAUUUUUUUCAGAAGUUUUUAAGGUAACGCAUAAAGUGACCGGAAACGUUAUGGUGUUAAAAAUGAAUUUGUUACGUUCCAACAGGCCGAACAUGCUCAAAGAAGUUCAGCUCAUGAAUCAGUUAAAGCACAGAAACAUUCUCAAUUUCCAAGGGGUUUGCGUUCACGAGGGUCAACUUCACGCAUUAACCGAAUACAUAAACGGAGGAAGUUUGGAACAACUCAUACAAUCGCGAAACAUCGAAUUACCCUACCUGACGAGGCAAGAACUCGCUCUGGACAUAGCAUGCGGUAUGGAAUACCUUCACGGUAAAGGAGUCUUCCACAGGGAUUUAACGUCUAAAAACGUUCUUAUAAAAAAGUCUGAUGACGGGAGCAUGAUGGCGGUCGUCGGUGAUUUCGGUUUGGCUGCUAAAAUACCCGAUCCAAAAUGUAAAUAUAGAUUGCCAACGGUUGGUUCUGCCUACUGGAUGUCACCGGAAUGUCUCAAAGGUCAAUGGUACAAUGAAAAAUCCGACAUAUUUUCCUACGGGAUUGUUUUGUGCGAAAUGAUAGCGAGGAUAGAAGCGGAUCCGGACGUUUUACCCCGAACGGAUAAUUUCGGAUUGGAUUAUUUGGCAUUUUCCGAACUUUGCGGUCCUUGUCCACCACAUUUUCUCAAAUUGGCAUUUUCCUGUUCGACCUUCGAACCGAAAAGUCGGCCUUCUUUUUCCGAAAUUGUUAAAACGUUACAAAAGCUCAUUCCCGAGUACGAGGAAUUGUUGAAGAGAGAAACGGAUAGUAACGAUGGUGUCAAAAUAGUCAACGCGGGUUCCCUGAACGAUUUGAUCGAUGCCACGACGGAUAAAUCGACGAUGACGGCGAGAAGCGAAGAGGUCAUAACAAGCAAUUCAAAUACUAAAGAUAUGAUUCAACAUAGGAAACUUCAUCACAGACGUAGUUUGUCUGAGGAUGUCGCCAAUAUUAUAUUUCCAAGGCACACAGCUCCUAGCGAUAAAGCUAGGUGCCAUUAUUUAUCAACGCCAAAGCAGAUCACGACGGGUUCGCAAGUAUUAGCCAAUCCUAAGUUUAUUGGUGAAAGCAUGUGCCACGUGGAUCCUCACUACAAACCGAGGGUUUCCGGCGAAAAAGGAAGUCGUUCGAAUCCGUUUCUUUCUUUGGCUCAAUUUCGCGGAGCCAAAAAAAUAGUAUCCUCUCAAAUUUUAAAUUCUUCGAAGGACUCUCAAAAAUCUGUUGCUGACAGUCCGACAUUUUAUUUACAUAACGAUUUGUUUUCCUCUUGUUUCGAACUUCCGUCUCCGUUUUACGGUAUAACUCCUCCGUCCAGUCCCGUGGCAGGAAGUAGUAGUAGUAGUUUCGACGGUAAAGUGAAAAAAGAAUCGUCGAAUCGAUGCGGGAUUUUUUUCAGAGAAGGCUGUGAUGAUGAUUAUAAGUGUGGAGGAGGAGGAGGAGAAGGAGGAGCGGAAAGUCACAAAGUUGCUAGAAGACUGGUUUUAACGGAUUCCGCGGAUCCUCUUGUUGCUAAAGUUCAAAAUCAGUAUUCGGAAUCAUUUAAUAGUAGGGAUGGUUCCAUAUGUCGCCGACAGAAGGCGUCUCCGAAAAGGCCAGCAUCUUGCGAUUGGCGAGGUCACAGUCAUUCUCAUUCUCAUCAUCAUCAUCAUCAUCAUCAUCAUGUGUUUCCUACGAAAUCGCUGUCGAUAUCCUUGCCGAAUUCUCCACCCUUCCAAAGAAAACAUAACUCAUUUUCGACUCAAGAGGAAAAGCAAUAUAUAACUAAUGAUAAUAAGCCAAUAACUGAUAAGCCAAAGAAUACACUAAUCAAAUCUCGAACGGUUCCUCUCAUAAUCGAUGGUAAGAAACUCGCAGAAAUCGAUAAAUCUCGAACCGAGUCGAUGGAACCUUCGAAAAGGGAAGGUGAUGACGACGGCGGCGGCGACGGCGGCGGCGGAGAGGAGAGAACGAAUCGUCGCGAUAAUAAUAAUUCCUACGACUCUUCCAAAAACCUUUCCUUGAAAUUCAUCUUCCAGGAUAGUUAUCCGAGUACGAGGACGGAGAAAAAAUCGGGAGGAAGGAAAGAGGAACAGGGGGAAACCGGGGACGGGGAUUUGAGUUCGCUCGUGACGAAUAGGAUAUCGACGAGUUCGAGCAGUUUGCUGGAAGCCACAGCAGACGAAACUUUUUUAAUGGCGUCGCACGUUCAACUGAGAAGACGGGGCUCUUGCGAAAGUGGAUUUUUCAGUUGCGUGGGAGAAGAUUACGGGACCGCGGGAAGCGAAGCUGUUUCGUCUUGCGAAUACAUUCUUCCAUCGGCCCGGGGAAAACAUUUAGAUAAUUCUUCUGCCACGCUCAGCAGUUCCUCCGCAGCGAGUUCGUUGUUCCUCCUCGACGAUUCUUUGUCCACGACGACCGUUUCAAGUUUGAGAUCAGGUUCUGGAGAUUUCAACGACAUGGACGAUUUGCAAUCGAAAUUCGCUCAUCAAGCAAUUUUAUUUUCGAAAAGACCCUCAUCUUCUAUUUACACGUCAUCAUCGGAAGACGUAUCGAGUUUGGGAGACGUGGACGAAAGGAAUCAAAAUCGUUAUCAGUCGCAACAGAUAAGCAAAAUAGUCGAAUAUUUCGAAAGGAAACAAAUGAGCGGAAUGUUGAGUCCGGCGGGGACGAGGGGAGAAAAUUUCCUAUCGGGAAGAACUUGCAGAACGAGAAAUUUUCCAAACGUCGAAUUUCGUAAAAACAUCGAAAGGUUCGAUCCGGGUAAAGUGUCGGAAGAUGGGAGCAGCAGCAGCAGCAGCAACAACAACAACGGCGGUAAAAUAAAAUGGGAAGGACUUGAGGGUAAAUUUAAAAAAUCCGGAAUGGGUUUGACGCAAAAAAAAACGGACGAAACGUCGUCGUCGUCGUCGAAAUUUUACAGUCAGGGUGAAAGUUCAAAGUUGAAAAAAUUCGGACCGCAAAAUGCUGCGGAAAAUUCUUAUCAUCACCACGAUCUGUGCAAGAAAUUCGACGGGGGUUGUUCGAUAAGCGACGCCAUAAGGAAGUCGAAAAUUGAAUUGUUGAGAAAGAGUUUGGAAAAGGGAACGUUGCAAGUGCCCGGAAUAAAACCGAAUAUGGGUACCAGCGGAAGCGGAAGUGGCGGCGGCGCCACCGUCGGCGGUACCAUCGGCGGUACGACGACGUCAGCAAAUCCAAACGAUAAAAAUUCUACGAGACCGUUGGCGACGAGGUUGAUGAUAUGCGAAGGAGCCGUCAAAUCCAAAUUACAAAUUUUUGAUAAGAAAUAA